AAUAAGUCAAAUUUAGUUGGUGGAGUAUCCAGACAUGCCCAGAGGCCUCGGCUGCCCGGUGAGCCCUGGGGGGGCGGGAGGCAGAUACGAGACCCCCCCGGCUUCAGAGCUCCAGAGGCUGAUGUGGACAAAGAAAGGGAGCUGCAACCAUCUGGAUGAGGUUCAGCCCAGGAUCUAUAUCGGAGACAUGUACGCAGCCAAAGACAAGAGGACCCUCCAGGCUCACCACAUCACCCACGUGCUCAACGCUGCCGACGGGAAGUUCAACGUGAACACGGGGCCGAGCUUCUACCGACACACCAGCAUCACUUAUCAUGGAGUGGAAGCUUUUGACAUGGCGUCCUUUAACUUGAGCCCCUUCUUUUACUCAGCCGCCAAUUUCAUCAAGAACGCUCUGAGCUCGCCCACAGGUAAAGUGUUUGUCCACUGCGCGAUGGGCCUCAGCCGCUCGUCCACCUUGGUCCUGGCGUAUCUGGUGAUCCACGGGAACAUGACGCUGGUGGACGCCAUCAAAGCCGUCAGCGUGAACAGGAACAUCUCGCCCAACGCCGGCUUCCUGGAGCAGCUGAGAGAGCUGGACAAACAACUGCACUACCAGGGGUCCUCGAGGAGCGGCACCAUGCGAACUUGAGAUCCAAUCAGACCUUGAUAGUGGAUCCCCAUGUUGCCUCCUGUCAGUUUGAAGUUUUUAAAUACCCUAGACUUCAAGGUAACCCUCUGACUUCAUCUUUUUACUGUCACAAAGACAUUUGGGUUGUCAUUUGGAAUGAGGUCUGCAACUGUGGAGUGAAGUCGCACCCGUCACACAUGCUCAGCCAAUUGCAAGUCAGACUCAUGAUGUUAAAUAAAUAAAUAAAACAAACCAGAAGAAUCCACACGUGAACAUACAUCAGUGUGAUAAGAACGACCUGGAAUGACAGAAAGCCUCUCCGAGAGAAUAUCUAUUUAAUGGGUACUUUUUAAUUUGUCCCUUGUCCCAUCCACUCACAUGGAGGAGGUGGGGCUUAGCACCUAUACUGCAGCCAGCCACCAGGUGGUUGGGGAUCAAAAUGUUUUGGCUUCACUUCUGGGAAGCUGUCAUCCAUCUUUAUAACAGUCUUUGUGUUGAAUCACAUUGCAUUAAAUCGCACUGCAUGGUGAUAGCUGUGAAUCCUAACGCAUUAGCAGCUGCUGCGUACGCGUCUUCAAUGCAUUGGAUCGCUGACAGUGACGGAGAGUCCCGCGUUGGCACCGAGCGAGUGCACGAGGACGCACAGGCUGGUGCGAGCACAUGGGACCCACUGGUUUCACACCACUCCCCCGACACUGUUGGUGGCAGCGCGGAGCAAAGAGGUGUCGUAAUACGCCAACAGAGGAAGGAAGCAGACUGCGGGCGUACAUUAACACAUUUGUGAAUUAUACACAGAAAUACAGAAUGUAAAUGUUUAUGGAUUUAUGAGAAAAAAACUCUACAGGGGACUGGUAAACUACACAGAAAUACAAAUAAAUCAUUUAUAAUUCC